CGGUACCGGUACCCCCUGUAUAUAGUGGGGUUGUUAUUUUUAAUGUGUUGCUAUUUUUUUCUUUAGCACAUUUUUCUUACUUAUUUUUUAAAAACUCUGCAUUUUUAGUUAAAAGGGCUCGUAAGUAAGCAUUUCACAGUAAGGUCUACACCUGUUGUAUUCGGAGCACAUGACAAAUAACAUUUGAUUUGUAUGUAAGGAAUAUGUAUUUUCACACUUACGUAACAAGAGUGUGCAUGGUCGUUGUGAAGAGAGGUAUCGUUGACCUUUCCUCUCAGCAAUCUAAAAAAAAAGAAAAAAUCAAACGUUCAGAUUUAUUUAAUUUCCUAAAUUUAACACAAGAAGGCGAUAUUGGUCAACUUUUAACUAUAGCUCCCCAGCUGUCUGAAAAUAGAGUGAUAUAAAAGUUUGUGAUGCAAAGCAUGUGGGCUGAGUUGAGUGGUUGAAAAUCCAGCUACAAUGACAUACUUAGUUAUCUACCCACCUCAUUCCUUUAUUUAAGCACCUAGUAAGUACAUCAUCAUGCUUUUGGGAUAAGUGUCUUUUCAGAUUCCACAAUGAUUGUUUAGUUGCCGCAACUCCCUCUUUUGCGCUUGGUCCUCAUCAUUGUAAGUCACCUUGACUUAACACCUGUGAGUUUUAUCAGCUUCUUUAUGAAAAUAUUUUGCGGACUUCAUGACAGUAGUUAACGCAAGGGGCUACAGUCGUGGUCAAAAGUUUUGAGAAUGACACAAAUAUUAAUUUUCACAAAGUUUGCUGCUUCAGUGUCUUUAGAUAUUUUUGUCAGAUGUUACUAUGGAAUACUGAAGUAUAGUUACAAGCAUUUCAUAAGUGUCAAAUUAUUUUAUUGACAAUUACAUGAAGUUGAUGCAGAGUCAAUAUUUGCAGUGUUGAACCUUCUUUUCCAAGACCUCUGCAAUCCACCCUGGCAUGUCAAUUCACUUCUGGGCAACAUCCUGACUGAUGGCAGCCCAUUCUUGCAUAAUCAAUGCUUGGAGUUUGUCAGAAUUUGUGGGUUUUUGUUUGUCCACCCGCCUUUUGAGGAUUGACCACAAGUUCUCAAUGGGAUUAAGGUCUGGGGAGUUUCCUGGCCAUGGACCCAAAAUAUCAAUGUUUUGUUCCCCGAGCCACUUAGUUAUGACUUUUGCCCAAUGGCUGGAAAAGGCAUUGUUUGUCACCAAACUGUUCCUGGAUGGUUGGGAGAAGUUGCUCUCGGAGGAUGUGUUGGUACCAUUCUUUAUUCAUGGCUGUGUUCUUAGGCAAAAUUGUGAGUGAGCCCAUUCCCUUGGUUGAGAAGCAACCCCACACAUGAAUGGUCUCAGGAUGCCUUACUGUUGGCAUGACAAAGGACUGAUGGUAGCGCUCACCUUGUCUUCUCCGGACAAGCUUUUUUCCGGAUGCCCCAAACAAUCGGAAAGGGGAUUCAUCAGAGAACAUGACUUUACCCCAGUCCUCAGCAUUCCAAUCCCUGUACCUUUUGCAGAAUAUCAGUCUGUCCCUAAUGUUUUUCCUUGAGAGAAGUGGCUUCUUUGCUGCCCUUCUUUGACACCAGGCCAUCCUCCAAAAGUCUUCACCUCACUGUGCGUGCAGAUGCACUCACACCUGCCUGCUGCCAUUCCUGAGCAAGCUCUGUACUGGUGGUGCCCCGAUCCCGCAGCUGAAUCAACUUUAGGAGACAGUCCUGGCGCUUGCUGGACUUUCUUGGGCGCCCUGAUUCCUUCUUCACAACAAUUGAACCGCUGUCCUUGAAGUUCUUGAUGAUCCAAUAAAUGGUUGAUUUAGGUGCAAUCUUACUGGCAGCAAUAUCCUUGCCUGUGAAGCCCUUUUUGUGCAAAGCAAUGAUGACGGCACGUGUUUACUUGCAGGUAACCAUGGUUGACAGAGAAAGAACAAUGAUUCCAAGCACCACUCUCCUUUUGAAGCUUCCAGUCUGUUAUUCGAACUGAAUCAGCAUGACAGAGUGAUCUCCAGCCUUGUCCUCAUCAACACACACCUGUGUUAAUGAGAGAAUCCCUGACAUGAUGUCAGCUGGUCCUUUUGUGGCAGGGCUGAAAUGCAGUGGAAAUGUUUUUUGGGGGAUUCAGUACAUUUGCAUGGCAAAGAGGGACUUUGCAAUUAAUUGCAAUUCAUCUGAUCACUCUUCAUAACAUUCUGGAGUAUAUGCAAAUUGCCAUCAUACAAACUGAGGCAGCAGACUUUUUGAAAAUGAAUAUUUGUGUCAUUCUCAAAACUUUUGGCCACGACUGUAUAGCUGAACACAAGAUUACUACAAACGCGUGCUGAGGCAGGCAUGCCCUGAGCUCGUGAAGUGAUUGCUACUUGGAACGCUACUGAAGCAAAAUUGGAGCUGGGGAGCAGGCCGACGCUCCAGCCUUUGGGAAUCUCGAUCCACGCUCCAGUCAAAUUGGGCACGCUCUGCUCCUCGCUCUGCUCACAUACUCUGGUGUGAUGUGGAACUUCAAACUCAGAACCCAUCUAGGUUCCUCAUUCCUUUAUGUUGUUGUGACUUAAAAUGAAAGAAGAAGUGAGCCAUUGCUCCAGCCGCAGGGGUAUUUAAACUCAGAGAACACUCUCAGUAGGCUGUAAUAGCUGUUGUCAUAUCACACUGACACAAGGACGUUUUAGGAGUCUUUGACUAGAAAAGUCUUACAGUAACAUGGAGGAUUUUGACUAUACAGAAUAUGGAGAAUAUUAUACUGCCUUCAAUGAAACAUAUGAAAACACCUCUGUGAGUGGCUCAGUGACUUUCAACCAUCCCAGGUACUUUUCAGUGGAAACUGUAAUCAAUAUCCUUAUAUCACUACUGGGUCUCAGUGGAAAUGCUAUAGUAAUUUGGAUUUCUGGCUUCAAGAUGAGGACAUCGGUCAACACCACUUGGUACCUCAGUCUGGCCAUCUCAGACUUUCUGUUCUGUGUCUGUCUGCCCUUUAACAUUGUAUACAUGGUCACCUCACACUGGCCCUUUGGGCUGGUCAUGUGUAAGCUGACCUCCUCCGCUAUGUUCCUCAACAUGUUCAGCAGCGUCUUCCUGCUGGUUCUGAUCAGUGUUGACCGCUGCGUGUCAAUCACUUUUCCUGUCUGGGCUCAGAACAACCGGACCAUACCCAGAGCAUCCGGAGUGGUCGUCCUCGUGUGGGCCCUCUCUGCUGCCCUGACUGUACCCUCACUGGUCUACCGCCAGACCAAAACACACGGGGCUGAUACACUGUGCUAUACUGAUUAUCAGUCUGGGCACAAGGCAGUGGCUCUGAGUCGAUUUGUCUGUGGCUUUGUGAUUCCUCUUUUGAUUAUAGUCUUCUGCUACUCAGUUAUCUUUGUGGAGCUCAGGAGUCGCCCCAUGAAAUCCACUAAACCUGUCAAGGUAAUGACUGUCCUCAUUGUGUCCUUCUUCGUUUGCUGGGUGCCCUAUCACACUUUUGUCCUGUUGGAGUUGAACUUGGGGAAUCACAGCCUUGAGAUGCUCUACACUUGGCUGAAGGUGGGCAGCACAAUGGCUGCAGCAAACAGUUUCCUUAACCCCAUACUGUAUGUGUUAAUGGGUCAUGACUUUCGGCAAACCCUAAAGAGGUCUGUUCUGUGGAAGAUAGAAAAUGCAAUGGCAGAAGAUGGGCGUACAGGUGGACGUAACCUCUCAAAGUCUGGGUCUUUUGAGAGUAAAGGUUUCACACACGUCUGAGGUUUAAGAUCGUGUCAUUUUAUUGAGGUUGUUUGUAACGAUGGCACCUUUUUUGCACUGCUUCUAUAGAUGUUAUUUGAUUUGCAAUGUAUUAAUUCAAAGUGUUACUGUGUAAAUAUGAGUUUCAAUGGAUAUUAAAAGGCGUGUCUGAUUAAAAUCUGUUACACUAGUUCUAUACAAUUAGUUGUUAAAGUUAUGGACUCUUGUGUUUUCUUAAAGUAUCUACUGAACAAGAAAUAUAAACGCAACAUGUAAAGUGUUGGACCCAUGUUUCAUGAGCUGAAAUAAAAGAUCCCAGAAAUGUU